UUCCAAUUCGACAACAAAGCUCUUCAAACCCUAACUUGGGAACCUUAACUCUGUCUCUGUUUCGUCUUUCUUACUUAUAUAUCUGAAAAAAGAGCCCCUGUGAUUUAGACACAGCUAUGGUUAAGUAUUUGUUCAGAAGAAGAGAUGAUUUCGUGGCGCCAGAGAUUUCUUUCGAUCUCAUUAUCGAAAUCUUAACUAGGUUACCUGCCACAUCGCUUAUGAGGUUCAAGUGUGUCUCAAAGCUCUGGUCUUGUCUGAUCCGUUCUCGAUACUUUAGCAACCUUUAUCUCACGGUCGCAUCGCGACGACCGCGACCACUUGUUCUAUACAUGAGUUUGAAUUAUGAGACACACUAUGACUGUGAUUCAAUGGAAGUCUGCAACAACCCUGGAAAGUAUGAAUUGCUAUCAUUGACGUUACCAUCUGGUAGUAGUGCUGAAUCAUCAUCGCUAGAACCGGAUUUGACUUUCCCAGGGAUGGGAGGAUACAUGAUGGUGUCUCUACGCGGUUUGAUCUUAUACACUGUGUGUAAAAAAGCAUGCAUCUAUAAUCCCACCACUAGACAAAGCUUAACCUUACCCGCAAUUAUCUUUUCUCAAGAAGAACCUAAGAAUGUCUACUACUCUUUCGGGUACGAUCCUGUUCAUGAUCAAUACAAAGUAGUCUGUAGUGCUGUGGCAUUCUCGGAAAAGAUAACCUCCGAGUAUUGGGUCUUCGUACUGGAACCCGGAGGUUUUUGGAAAAGAAUUGAGUGUGAUGAUGAUCAACAAACUCACUUUCCUAGAAGACAAAGACUCUGCAUCAACGGUGUUAUAUAUUACGUGGCUGGCACUCUUACAUGUCGCCGUAAGCUUUACUGUUUUGACGUUAGGUCUGAAAAGUUUAGUACGAUCCAAGCACCACAUGAGGUGUCUGAGUUUUGUGAGUCCAUUGAUUUUAUAAAUCAUGGUGGAAAACCAGCACUUUUUCGUUAUACACAUAUUAGAGAAACGGGUGUGUCGGACUUGUGGUUUUUAGAAGAUGGUGGAAAAUGGUCGAGGAAGUCUCUGGUUUUGAAGCCUUGUCAGAGACAUUUACUGGACGACGACCGUUACAAUGAGGUUAUCUUGGCGUUGAUUGUGCAUGGUACGGCUCAGAACAAUGAGGUUAUCUUGGCGUUGCCUUUUUCUGGUUGCCUUCUCUAUUAUGAUACGAUAAAGAAUGAUUUGAGAAGGGUUAAUAUCAUCAGAGCAACAACACCGGACCAGGACGAGUGGCCGGGAGUGUGUGUCGAGGUGAUGGAUAAGUGGAAAAGCAUUAUGCACUUGGAAAUUUGACUACAGUUUGUUCUAUUAGUUUUAUCAUUAUAUCUAAUUUUGUUUGCCAAAUAAACUA